GUGAACACGGUUGGAUAAAGACUGGUGAGACCAGCGUGAACAUAGGACAAGAACUUAUUUUAUAUCAAUAUUUUCGAAGGAGCUAGCGAUAAUGAGGAAACUUUCAACACUAAAGUUACUGUUUGCAUCAAUUUUAUUGAUAUUUACAGGUGUGUAUCUACUUUAUUAUCUCGGAGUACACAAUACGUACAUUAAAACAUCUCGAAAUAAUGGAUACGAUGGAUACGACAUAAAUCUACUUGAAAAACCUUUUCUUGGAAUACAAACACGAGAAGAAUCGGUUUUCUCCUCACCAUUUCGAGUGACUUUAUUUACAACGUUUUCUCAGUCACAAUCUGGGAGAUUUGAGAUCCAACGUAACACAAUUCGAAACUGGAAUCAAAUGAAGCGGAGCCUCGGAUUUAACCUUGUGGUUUUCCUAAACACAAGUUCAAAUUAUUCUAGUGAUUUACUCUCGGAUUGGGGUGUUAUUGCAUAUACCCCUGUCAUGCUCCGCUUUGGCCGACCAGUGCUCAAAGAGAUGUACAAGGCAGUAAUGACAAAAUAUGAUAGCCACAUAUACGGCUACGUUAAUGGAGAUAUACUUUUUCAUGGCAGUAAAUUAAAAAACACAUUGAGAUAUAUUCAUGAUUAUUGCACUAGAAACCACACUGAUAAAUAUCUAAUAUUCGGUGGACGAACUGAAUUGACGUUUCAGAAUAAAAAAUCAACAAAAAUUCUCGCUACGGGUGACGAUAACGAAAUCGAAGAGCUUUAUCGACAAGGAAAACUUGGACAGUUAACUGCACUGGAUUAUUUCUUCAGUAGCAAAACGAGUUUCCCAUGGGCGCUCUUUCCGCCAUUUGUCAUCAGCGUCUAUUCGUUUGAUUCAUGGCUGAUGCUGUAUAGUAACAAGGCUGGUGUUCAGUCAUUCGAUAUCACUAACACUACCAUAGCAAUACACCAAAGGGGACCUGGCAAACAGAAAACAAAGGGCUACAAAGCGGCAGAACAUUUCAAUAACAUGUUGUUUUAUAAAUCAUUUCGUGCAACUGGAAAAAUGUUUUCAUUAGCAUGUACAAAAUGGAAAACUAUCUCGUCUACAAAUGGUUCUAUUUCUGUGGAACGUAUUUCCAAUAUUACGUUUUACACCGAUUUUUGUAUUCCGAAAGGACCUAUAAUCAUUCCAAAUGACGUAAUUUAUUAAAAACGUUGAGUAAUAUCACAAUGUACCUCUCUUCCACCUUCAUUUACUAUAAGAAACAUUUUCUAUUUCAUGCACUUUAAGGAACAGUUUACCUUUAAUUCACCAAUUCAAUUCAAUUAAGAAACAAUUAGCUUACACUUAAUUUCCUUUAACAAUGUGUGUACCAGUGUGCGAUGGUUGGCUAACCCGCCCAAAGUAUGCACGCGUUGUUUACGGGUGUGUAGGCGUAAACUACGCUCAUGCAGAUGUAAAAUUACGCCCGUGCAGACGAAACAUCUUCACGCCUGUCGAGUUUAUUUUAGCGCCGUAAAUAAUGAACUAAUCAGAGCCUUACUUACAUAAUGAUUCAAUGCAUCCUUGCUAAAAGAGCAACUCCAAGAUUCUUGCGCUAGUAAAUAACAAUCAGAAGCCUGCUUACAUUUUAGUGUGUUGUAUUGAGGUCCUUAAAUAUUCGUUCAAGAUUGUUAGACUUAACCCAAAAAAAGUAUUCAAUUUUUAGAGCAAAUUGAAAGGCAAAUUGAAGAUACAUGUACUGUGUCGGCAGUUAUCAACACCUAUUGUAGAAACGACAAAAAUUGCAGUAUAUUUUGAAAAGGUGUAUAUGUUUGGUUUCUAAAUACGAUGAUUUUUUGAUAAUUCUCCAAUCUAGGCGUCGGCUUCAGAGGUAGGGACUUAAGCUCACACGCAUUUCAGCCUACAAAGCACUAUACAGUCAGAUCGCUAAUGUAUCCCUCUAAAGGAUGUUUUCAUAUACUAGAAUUAUAGUAUCUAAUCAACUGCAAAUUGACUCUAGACUAUAACUAUAUCCUAUAGAUCUGGAUCUGGCAUUUUUUUUAAAUGUACCGAAAAUGUCAGAUGAUAGUCUUACCUAAUAUACCUAGCCAACAUAUGUUCAAAAGGGAGAUGUGUACUCUUUGGAAUCUUUAUGCAGUCCUCUUUAGAGUCACAUGUUAUUUUCAGGAAUACAUAACUUAUUUAAUUUAUGAUGUACACCUUUCACAUUUGCACAAAUAGUGCACCGAAAUACCCAGAAAAGAAAUAAUGUUUCAUAUGCCAUCAAUUGCAACAGUUGUUCCUGGCACAAUCGUGAGUAUGUUAUUAACUUGCACAAGGAUCUUGGAGUUGCACUUUUAGCUAGAAUGCAUUGUAUCAUUGUGAGCAAGAUGCUGAUUGGUUCAUAAUUCACGGCGCUAAAAUAAACUCGACGGGCGUAAAGAUGUUUUUCAACGUGUGUUAAAUAAUGUCUUAACACCCGCUAUUGAACAUUUUAACGCCGUUAUUUGUUUUAACGCGUAUAGAAUUCACUUCUUAACGGGCGUAAUUAACGCCUUGACGGACGUAAUUAAAGCCUUCACGGACGUAAUUAACGUCUACACGGGCGUAAAUUACGGCUGUACGGGCGUAAUUUUACGUCUGCACGGGCGUAAUUAACGCCUACACACCCGUAAACAACGCAUGCAUACAUAGGGUAGGUUGGCAAACUAUUAAACUAGAUAGAUACGAGUUCGAUUUGUAUAUAAUAUACAAAUCGAACUCGUAUCUAUCUAGUUUAAUAGAAGUGAGUAGGUCCCAUAAUACUUUCAUAUUCUUUUGUACUCAUGAUUUAUUUAAAUCACGCCAUUUCAGUUAAACAUCAGUUCAACAUCAUCAUUUCUAAACUACGGAAAUACUGAUACCCUUCUAAGAUAUGAGAUCUAUUAAAAAGGCGCAUUAUCACCAACGUGCAAACGCCAAUGUUUUUGCUAUAAAUCGGGCAACAAUGGUCUACACGACCUGUGAUAAAUAGGUAUAAGGGGCGUUAUUAUUACAAUACUAAUGACAUUUUUGCACGUUGAUGAUGAUGCGCCUUUUUUAAUAGAUCUCAUAUCUUUGAAGGGUAUCAGUUCCAAAAAAAUACCGGAUGACCUAACAUAUUUUGCC